CUAAAUUCAACAUUCUGUUGCAGGAAAAAACUUAAUGCGAUGAAAUGCGUGAGAGAUUACAUGAGUUACUGCAUGUCUAACGAAAAAGCUGCACUCUUCAAUCUAGCUGCUGGUGGCAGACUGAAAAUACUUGAAGAUCUAUGCACAGAUGGGACAGAAUUCAAUACAGUUUACUUGAACAACAUAGACUGUUGGCCAAAAACCAAAAGUGAUCUUGAAUAUUGUCAAUCAAAAUUUACGGAUACUCUAUAUAAAAUCAACUAUGAAGUGGAUCUUAGCCUGAAAUCUUUCCACACCUGUUGUGGUUUUGAAUGGUUGAAAAUGUGCACAAUAACAUCAGUUGAAUUGAAAUGUAACCAGGACGCAAAAGGUUUUAUGGAAAAACUUACCACUAUUUCGGGAGGCGAAGAAUACAGAACGUUAUGCGGCAAAUCAACAGAGGGGCCAUUCACAAAUUGCUUUGGGCUGUAUGGAGAAGAGAACCUGGAAAAAGAAGAUCUCGUUAUGAUAUUCUCGACUGGCAGCACUGCACGCAUUGCGUCAUUUGUUGUACUCUUCGUCCCUUUCAUUCUCACAAAACUAAACGAUUAUGUAACACUUUAUUAAUGUUAUCGUUAAUUUUGUCUACAUCUAAAUAUUGUUUUAACAAGUUCAGGCGACGUGAUUCUCCCUUCAUGACCCACAGUAUCAUAUACGAAACAAGUCUUACCAGCGACCCAUCGUCAAACAAACUUGAUUUAGAAAGGUAAAAAUUAAACAGGCUGUGAUAUUUACCCUUCUAAUUUAAUCGAUUAGAAUAGCUUAGGUGACAAUUAAAAUUAUUUUAACAGUUAAAGGUAAGAACAAAAGAAACUAAAAUGUCUGUUUUUGUUAGAUAUAGGAACUAAUUUUUUUCCUGAUGUGUAUUUUAUUGAUAAUAAUUUUAUGGACAGUCGAGAGUAAUUCUACAAUUUAUUACUAUGGAUUUCAAAGUCCUGUAGAAUGAAAUGAGAUUUAGAAUCGUUCUAAAUAAUGAAAACAUUUGAAAUGCCAAAUCGCCUUUUUCACUCUGUGGAUAACAAAAAGCAGUUUUUUGUGAACAAGUUCUUGGUGUCUCUUAAUUGUUACCUCGUUUAAUAAACAAUAAUGAAAUUCCAAUAAAAACAAUUGCAAGAGAUUCGCGUAUGAUUCAAAGCUGUGGCAUUUAAAACUAUGGCAUAUGAUUCAAGGUGAUUUGCUCUGCGCAAAACUGUGGAACUCUGAGCAAAAAAUUCGGUAUAUUUAUUCUGUAUAUUCGGUAUCGAUUUUGAUGAAUUCAGAGAUGAAGAAUGCAGCUUAUUUUUAUUAUAAUCAUUAAUAAUAAUAUUUAAAAAAUUUUUAUUGAACUUCGAUUCAUUAUUUAACUUCUUUUAAUUAAAUUGAAUAAUUAAAAUAAAUAUAAUUUGUAAUUUUUAAAUAGCGAAUAUACAUUUAGCUUCUUACGGAACUAGUGCAAUUAGACUACCAUAAUGUUAAACAAAAAUCUAUAAAAUUAUUUUUUAUUGAAUGAACCUAUUGUUGCAAGAUCACAUAUUCAUUAUUAAAUUCCAUCAAUAAAUUUCUUCAAAUUCGCAUUCUAUCUCCAUGAUUUUAGUUUGAA